AUGUCUGCACAAUCAGGAAGCGGAGGCUGGGUUCAGCUGCGGCAGCAGGCGAGGACUCUGGAGUCGCAGACGGAAAGCCUCUUUCAUACGUAUUCUCAGUUCUCUACUGCCGCGACGAUCCCACCGAAACCAACGGAGGAGGAGCGUGAGACGGAAGGCAAGAUCGAUGAGUUGCUGGAAAAGAGAGAAUCCGUCAUUGAACAGCUCGCACGGCUCCUCGACUCGGAGGCGUCGCUCACGUCGUCUGCCCUCAAGCAAAACAAUCUCUCGCUGCUGCGGGAGAAGCUCUCCUCCCACAAGCGCGACGUCGGCCGGCUGCGCAGCACCCUCCAGCACGCCCGCAGCAGGGCCAACCUCCUGACCAACGUGCAGUCCGACAUUGACCAGUACCGGGCCAACAACCCCGAGGCGGCCGAGGCCGAGUACAUGAUUGGCGAGCGCAACCGCAUCGACAACAGCCACAACAUGACGGACAGCGUGCUGAGCCAGGCGUACGCCGUCAACGACAGCUUCGGCCUGCAGAGGGAGACGCUGGCCAACAUCAACCGGCGCAUCACCAUGGCUGCGAGCCAGGUGCCGGGCAUCAACUCGCUCAUCAACAGGAUAUCAGCCAAGAAGCGCAGAGACGGCAUCAUCAUGGGCUGCUUCAUCGCCGCUUGCUUCGUCCUGUUCUUUAUGCUGUCAUGA